AUGUUUGAAAACGAUGUCGAUGUUUUAAAUCUAAUGGUUUAUACAUUAUUUUUUACUGUUAUUUUGUUGAUAUUGAUUUUAUGUUAUAAGGAUGAAGGUUCUGGAAGUGAGUCAGAAUUUAAUCAGUUUGAUUUACAAAUCAUUCCCGACCAUCAUGUAAGAUUGAAUGUUCCAAUAAAUCCACCACCACUGUAUGAAUCAUUAACGCCGCCACCUAAUUAUGAGGAUAUUUUUAACAAUCGGCAUCCCUUAGAUAUAAUGCAGCAGUAG